AUGGACCCCGCCAAGACGCCGGAGAAAAGCGUGGAGCCGCGUGGUGUAUCCACGGACGAGAAAGAGGGUUCAAUCAAAGACCUCGACGGCACGCUCCUGUGGGAAUCGGAGCAAUCCCUCCUGUACACGCAGUCCCAGCACCGCCUGGGCUUCUGGGAGGCCGUGAAACUGUACAAAUCCGCCCUGAGCUGGUCGUUCAUGGUCAACAUCUCUGUUAUUCUGAAUGGAUUCGACGCCGCGCUGAGCGGGAGCGUGGUUGGCCUGGAGCCGUUCAAGAAACAGUUCGGGUACCUCUAUAAUGGCGAGUAUGUCGUCAAGGCUUCGUGGAAUGGAGCGUUCAACUACGCCAAUAGUAUUGGAAGUGUUCUCGGCGCGUUGACUGCAGGAUGGAUUUACGAUCGCUUCGGGCCGAAACUCACGCUGGCUGCUUGCUCCAUUGGGUCCAUUGCGUUUAUAUUCAUGGAGUUCUUCGCCGCGACGCCUGUCGUUAUCUUCCUGGGGGAGUUGUUCAAUGGGUGUGUCAUCGCGUUUUAUCCCAUCAUGGCCUCGGCGUAUAUCGGCGAAGUAUGCCCGCUUGUGCUCCGAGGCGUUGCUGGUUCACUGGUCAACCUAGGGUUCGUCGUUGGCCAGCUCAUCGCAUCUGGUUUGCUCAAGGGCACGAACAGUCUCACGACGAAAUGGUCCUAUAAAAUCCCCUACGCGGCUCAAUGGGUCCCUGCUGUUCUGAUCCUGGCCUUCGUCUUCUUCUGCCCCAACUCCCCCUGGUGGCUCUGCAGAAAGGGUCGAUAUGAAGAGGCCGAGAAGGAUCUCAAACGUCUUGCCUCGUCAAAGGUAGACGUUGCCCCAACACUGGCGAACAUCAAAUACACCCUCCGUCUCGAGGCGCAGCUAGAGAAGCGACAACAUAACUACCUGGACUGCUUCCGCGGGCCGGACCUCCGCCGUCUCAUCAUCGCCGUCAUGGUCUACAGUAUCCAACCACUCUCCGGACAGGUAUUGUACGUCAACUAUGCCGUCCAGUUUUUCGAAAUGGCCGGUCUAAACACGGCAGAUGCCUUCUCCAUGAACCUGGGCUUAACCGCCAUCGGGUUCGUGGGCACAAUAGUCGCGUGGCUGUUCAUCUCCAACAUCGGUCGACGACUGAUCUACAUCGUCGGCACGGCACUGAUCGCCCUGAUUCUUCUGCUCAUCGGCAUCCUAGACGUUGUCCCUCACUCCACAGGCUCCAGCUCAGGAGCAGGCGUGGUAUGGGGCCAAAGCGCCCUCCUCCUCAUCUGUUUACUUGUGUACGACUUCACCAUCGGCCCAGUGUGCUUCACCAUCCUCUGUGAAAUCGCGUCCGUCCAACUGCGCAGCAUGACCAUCGGACUAGCAACGGUCGCCUGCUCGAUCUGGAAUAUCAUAUUCGCCGUCGCCAUCCCCUACGCUAUGGAUGCGGAUGAGGGGAACUGGAAGGGGAAGCUUGGUUUUCUGUUUGCGGGUAUUGCGGCUUUGUGUACAGUUUGGUGCUUUUUUUGUUUGCCCGAGACCAAGGAUAGGACGUUCGAGGAGUUGGACAUUUUGUUUGAGGAGAGGGUGGAUAGUAGGAAGUUUAAGUCGCAUCCUAUUACGAGGGAUGGGGAGGUUAGUGCUGAGAUUGUGCUGGUUUAA